AUGCCGAUAGGGCCAACAGAAGGCACACACACGACCGAUGUCGAUCUCGGUGGGUUGUGGGAGCUAGCCGAGCAAGCCGCCGACAGGAUCUGGGCUGAAUCACCGAGGCCAUUGAACGAGACGAUAACACCUGCUUGGCCUUCACUCGGGAACGACCAUGACCCGUACGGUGUAGCGGAUGCUUGGCAAGGAGAGGAGAGCCGGACAGCGAGCUGGGGUGAUGGCAGUACAGCUCCAAAGCCACAGACAACGAGUUCAGACGAGUGUUGCUCACCUACCGAUCUGCAAGCCGUCUCGCCGACCUCGCCGGCAGCAACGGACGAGUCUACAACACACGCAGAGAGUGCAAGCGGUGGGACGAAGAGGCCUCUACCGCCGCUGGUCGAUGGCGAGCAGACCUACCAUUCGCGAUUUAUACAGCCAGGCAUGAUGUUCAGCGGCACACAGAGCUAUUCACCGGCUGAUCACUGCGCACUCGGCUUGCUCGCCAUUGCCGCGCGGCAUCGCCACAGACUCGAAGUAAGGGCCGAGGUCAGGGCGGUCAGAGAGCGAGCGGCUCAACAGGUAGCAUCGGCUCAGGACGCGCUAUCACGCAUCGAUGAGCAACGACGGCGGAUGAAUUCACCUUCGAUACCCAACCAUAACGUCCGCAUGCGUAUACUACGAGCUCCACCUGCCGUCGAGCACGAUCACGACAGGCCGACAACUCGCCGCAGAUUUGACCUUUCGGAGACCGUACAAGCCGCACAAGAGCGCAUACGCUGGGCGCAAAUGCCUGCCUUGCCACCUCGAGCGGUACAGAACCCUUCUUUGGCAGCUCCUCCGAUACCUGCAUUGCCAGACAUAGCGCCGCCAGCUCUCGAGGACGAGAAGUGGAUGGUUCGCGCAAUGAUUAGCCAAGUCGACUUGAGCAGCGGUACCCUCACUGGCAUACUCGAGGCAAGGGCUGUGCCCGGUUGUCCUCAAGCUGUCCUGACCUUCUUUGAAGGUGAAAUCAUCGAUGGCCACAAUCACACGCUCGAGACGAAGAAGUGGAGGACAGACAGAAUGACGGACAUGCUGUAUUGGGCACGCUGUGCUCCAUUUCGACAUUUGCAGUCUCUACAUUCUCUGCAGAACCUCAGCGAGCGUGAUAUGGGGCCAAGUCUCGAUACCCUCGACUUGCACAAAGAUCGCUACAUUCUCAUGCGAUGGAAGGAGCGAGACUACAUCAACGUCGAUGUUCACGAUUGCACUCUGACCAUCUCGGGCGGCUACUAUCUUUGUCUCGACCGCCGCACGGGCGCACUCGAGGGCUAUUACCAGGAUCCUGCUUCUGCACCGUUCCAGAAGCUGAGGCUCUCGCCGGCAGGCGACACAGACAGCGCUGGCGCUGUUCCCAAGAUACCUAGUCUUUCGUACGAUGUAUGUUGA